UCCAUCCCAUUCCUGGGUUUCCGCAUUCAUCCCGCAGUGGCCGGUGGGAACUUGCGGGACUAGAAAGGGACACUGGAUGCCAGACAGAGAGGUGUGGGAAAACAAAAUCAGGCUGCCAAACCAGGGGACUCCUUCCGAUUGAAAAGGAAAGCCAGCUGAUGAUAGUUAGUUAAAUUUAACAUCCUUUCAUGUGUGACUUGUGACUUCGGCAGGAAGAUGAACUUUGCGGAGGAAGAACCCUCUAAGAGAUACUGCAUUCAAGGCAAACAUGCGGCCAUCAUCUGCGGGGUGGUGGUGGCGGUCGGAUUAAUAGUGGGGCUUUCGGUGGGCUUGACCAGGUCGUGUGACUCCUCUGGAGACACUGGGCAGGACACAACCACGGCUCCGACCCAAGCUUCUUCCACCACCAGCACUCCUCCCCUGGACCAGGACAUCUGCCCUGCCCGUGAAGAUGAGAGUGGAGAGUGGACAAACUUCAGGCUGCCAGACUUCAUCACACCAGUCCACUACGACCUGGAGGUGAAGCCCUUUAUGGAUGAAGACAGAUACACCGGCACAGUGACCAUCUCCAUCAGCUUGAGCAAGCCCACACAUUCCCUAUGGCUACACAUCAGGGAGACCAAGAUCACCAAGCUGCCGGAGCUUGUGACACCCUCUGGGAAGAAGGUAUCAAUUCAACGGUGCUUUGAGUACAAGCAGCAGGAAUAUGUGGUGGUCCAGGCUGAAGAAGAGCUUGCUGCCACCAGUGGCGACAGUGUCUACCUGCUGACCAUGGAGUUUGCCGGCUGGUUGAACGGCUCCCUCGUGGGAUUCUACAGAACCACCUACACCGAGAAUGGGCAAGUCAAGAGCAUAGCAGCCACUGACCAUGAACCGACGGAUGCCAGGAAGUCCUUCCCUUGUUUUGAUGAACCCAACAAGAAGGCAACUUACAAUAUAUCCAUCAUUCACCGCAAAGAAUACUCAGCACUUUCAAAUAUGCCAGUAUUGAGAGAAGAGACGGUGGAUAACAACUGGAACAGAACAGUUUUUAUGAAGUCUGUCCCAAUGAGCACCUACCUGGUGUGCUUUGCUGUACAUCAGUUCACCCGGAUAGAGAGGACGUCCAAUAGUGGCAAACCACUCAAUAUUUACGUCCAGCCAGAGCAAGCUCAAACAGCGGAGUAUGCUGCGAACGUAACUAAAAUUGUGUUUGAUUAUUUUGAAGAAUACUUUGCUAUGAGUUAUUCUCUUCCUAAACUGGAUAAAAUCGCUAUUCCAGAUUUUGGCACCGGUGCCAUGGAAAACUGGGGACUGAUCACUUACCGGGAAACAAACCUGCUGUUUGACCCCAACGAAUCAGCCUCAUCCAACAAACAAAGAGUGGCCAGUGUGAUUGCCCAUGAACUUGUGCACCAGCUCAGUCAGGUGCUGAUUGAGGACGUGUUACCAGUGCAGGAAGAGGACUCCUUGAUGUCCUCACAUCCAGUGGUUGUCACAGUGUCAACUCCCGCUGAAAUAACGUCUGUGUUUGAUGGAAUCUCCUACAGCAAGGGAGCUUCUAUUCUGAGAAUGCUCGAAGACUGGAUCACCCCGGAGAAAUUUCAAAAAGGGUGUCAGGAGUAUCUGAAAAAAUUCCAGUUCAAGAAUGCAAAAACUUCAGACUUUUGGCAGUCACUGGAAGAGGCAAGUAGCCUACCAGUGAAAGAAGUUAUGGAGACCUGGACUAACCAGAUGGGCUACCCUGUGGUCACUGUGUCUGAAAGGCAGAAGUUAGAGCAGGCACGCUUUCUGCUGGACUCCAAAGCUGAUCCUUUCCAGCCACCAUCACCUCUUAGUUACAGAUGGAAUAUUCCAAUUAAAUGGACCGAAAAUAACAAGUCAAAUGUCACAGUUUUCAACAUUUCAACAGAAGAAAUCACUUUGAAUCCUAGUCUUGGUGCAGAAGAUUUUCUCAAAAUAAACCCAGAUCACAUUGGGUUUUACCGUGUAAAUUAUGAAGAAGUAACUUGGGACAAGAUAGCCGAGAAUCUCUCCUCAAACCACUCGAGCUUCUCCGCUGCUGACCGUGCAAGUUUUAUUGACGAUGCUUUUGCUUUGGCAAGAGCUAAACAUCUAGACUAUGGGAAAGCGCUGAAUUUGACUCAGUAUCUCAGAUCAGAAGAGGAUUUCUUGCCAUGGCAGAGAGCCAUUUCAGCCGUAACCUACAUCAUUAGCAUGUUUGAAGAUGAUACGGAGCUGUACCCCAUGAUAGAGACGUACUUCCAAAGUCAAGUGAAGCCCAUUGCGGAUUCUCUGGGAUGGAACGAUGCUGGAAGCCACUUACAAAAGUUACUCCGUGCCUCUGUAUUAGGAUUCGCAUGCAAGAUGGGAGACAAAGAUGCCUUGGCCAAAGCUUCCGAGUUAUUUGAGGACUGGGUACAAGGAGGAAAAAGCAUUCCUGUAAAUCUUCGGCUUCUAGUGUACCGCUACGGGAUGCAGAACUCUGGCAAUGAGAGAUUAUGGAACUAUACUCUAGAGCAAUACCAGAAAACCUCCCUAGCACAAGAAAAAGAAAAAUUGCUCUAUGGGUUAGCUUCCGUCAAGGAUGUUACUCUUUUGGCAAGGUAUCUGGAAAUGGUCAAAGACCCCGAUAUCAUCAAAACCCAGGAUGUGUUUACCGUCAUCCGCUACAUCUCCUACAACACCUACGGGAAGAGCAUGGCCUGGAACUGGAUACAACUCAACUGGGACUAUCUGGUCGACAGAUUCACAAUCAAUGACAGAUACCUUGGCCGGAUUGUCACCAUCGCUGAGCCCUUCAACACGGAGCUGCAGCUCUGGCAGAUGCAGAGCUUCUUCGCAAAAUACCCAAAUGCUGGAGCUGGAGCACAGCCGAGAGAGCAAGUGCUGGAGACGGUGAAAAACAAUAUUGAGUGGGUAAAAGAAAACAGAGAGUCCAUAAGCCAGUGGUUUAAAAACGUGCUGAAGGACGGCUAAGGUCUUGUGAAUCAGCCGUGCCAUGGAGCCUGAGGUGGCCUGGUCUACAGACUGCAGAGGGAGCCUUCGAAACGGGUUCUGCUUGUGCUAAGAACUGUGUUUAUGUCUCGCAAAGCUGUUAAAUUAUUCCUCUUUGUUUUUUGAAGGAAGAUACUAAUAGAGUAUUUCAUAUACUCAGGGAUUUCUCCUAAGUGUACUUCACAGGGAUGUCUUUACAAACUGAAGGGUUUAAUAGUCACACUAAUAUCUUUAAAUAUCAUUCCUUGUAUCUUAAAUCUGUGAAAAUAGAACAAUUUGGUCUUAGCUUUACAUUUUUAGUACCAAAGAAACACCACUUAAUCUUCUCUCUUGAUUGAUUUUUAAAGUUUAAAUACCAGUACUUGCGGGACAUAUUGCCAUCUUAAUCUUUAUUUUAUUAUUCAGAAUUACAUAGACCUAAUAUCAUUUUAUUCACAUAUGUCUCACUGCCUUAAAUCCUACCAAAGUAACCUUGGCUUAAUUUUUGCUCAAGGAUUGAAUGAGCAAGCCAAAGAAAUGAUUGACUGUUGCCUUUGCUCUUACUAAAUCAAUCAGACGAUGCUGUAUUCUUUUUUUAAAAAAUAAAGUUAAAUUAU